AUGUUCACUAGAGCUAUUCGAUCCACUUCCAAAUCCACCCUUUCCCUUCGUACUCGAUCCCUAGGGGUUAGAGCAUUCUCAUCAUCAGAUCUCAUACCUGAAGAACCCAGUGGACCGUCUGUCAAGACCGACAAAGUCCCCGGACCAAAAGGUAUUGCCGCUAGUAAAGAGAUUGAUACUUUUCAAGAUCCAAGAACUCAUGUGAUCGUACCAAACUAUGAGAAAUCAAGUGGAAAUUACCUUGUGGACGCAGAUGGGAAUGUACUGUUAGAUGUAUUCGCUCAGAUCUCAUCUAUCGCUUUGGGUUAUAACGUUCCCGCGUUGUUGGAACUGGCGAAAACCGAUGAGUUCGCCAAAGCAGCUAUGAACCGACCUGCACUGGGAUCUUUCCCACCUGUUCAAUGGGCAGAAUGGCUCAAAACUGGUUUAUUGACCGUCCAACCUAAAGGCUUAGAUCAAUUGAUAACCACCCUUUGUGGUUCUAGCGCGAAUGAAACCGCUUUCAAAUGCUCUUUCAUGGCUUAUAGGCAGAGGGAAAGAGGGGGACCGGAUGUACCAUUCACAAAAGAGGAGAUGGACUCAUGUAUGUUGAACCAUUCACCUGGUGCACCCCAGCUAUCCGUACUUUCCUUCAAAUCCGGUUUCCACGGUAGACUGUUUGGUAGUUUGAGUGCUACGAGGAGUAAAGCUAUACACAAGGUCGACAUACCUGCAUUUGAUUGGCCUGCUGCCCCAUUCCCAGAACUGAAAUACCCACUCAAUGAGCAUGUCAAGGAGAACGAAGCCGAGGAGAAGAGAUGUUUGGAGGAAUACGAGAAGAUUUUGAUUGAAAGCAAAUCGACUCGACCCGUCGCAGCGGUCAUCAUCGAACCUAUCCUAUCAGAAGGUGGAGAUCGACAUGCCUCCAACAACUACUUCCGACAACUUCGACUCAUCGCCAAGAAACAUGGUGCAUUCUUCAUCGUUGACGAGGUCCAAACCGGUGUGGGAGCUACAGGUACUUUCUGGGCCCACGAGAAAUGGGGUUUGAAGGAAGGGGAGGAACCUGAUUUCGUGACGUUCAGUAAAAAGAUGCAAGCUGCUGGAGUGUUCCAUAAGAAGGAGACUAGACCUAAUGCUCCGUAUAGAAACUACAAUACUUGGAUGGGUGAUCCUGUCAGAGCAUUACAGGCUAGAGAGAUGAUCCGACUUAUCAAAUCCCACGAUCUAGUCGCUCACACCGCCACUGCAGGUCUGAAUUUGGCAACAUCCUUCAAAUCGCUGUUUGGCUUGAGUGUAGCUCAAGGUAAAGUCAUGAAUUUCAGAGGUGAAGGUGAAGGAACGUAUCUUGCAUGGGAUAUGGCCUCUCCAGCUCAGAGAGAUACAUUCUUAGGCAAGAUGAGGAACAACGGUGUCCAGAUUGGUGGAUGUGGUGAUCAGACGGUUAGAUUGAGACCUACUUUGACUUUUGGUGAGAAACAUGCUGAGGUAUUGGUUGGUACCGUUGAGAAGGUACUUAAGGAGCUAUAG